CCUCUCUCUCUCUCUCUCUCUCUCUCUCUCUCUCUCUCAAACGUAUCAUGGAAAGUGAUGCCCAGGACAUCUUUGGCUCGUUCUCUUCAUCUUCAUUAUCUUCUUCACCAUCAUCUUCAUCAUCGUCUUCAAACUCAUCAGAUUCUGCAGGUACCAAGGGAGACUCAUCAAAAAGUGUAUCAGAUCAUCAUCUGAAUGUUGAUGAUUAUUCCUGCAACAAGAAGCUGCAGAUCAGAAGUAGUGACGAAAAGAAUAACAAUAACAAUCAUAAUAAGCAUCCAGCUUACAGAGGUGUGAGGAUGAGAAACUGGGGAAAAUGGGUUUCUGAGAUUCGUGAGCCCAGGAAGAAAUCCAGAAUAUGGCUUGGAACUUACCCAACUGCAGAAAUGGCGGCUCGAGCUCACGACGUCGCCGCUUUAGCCAUCAAAGGUCAUUCGGCUUACCUCAAUUUCCCUCACUUGGCUCCGGAGCUUCCCCGGCCGGCCACCACUGCUCCUAAGGACAUCCAAGCUGCAGCCGCAAAGGCUGCCACCAGUGUCUUUGAGGUGGUGGUGGCUGCUAAAACGCAUUGUCAAGCCGACAAACCAGAGUCAGCUGAACCGGUCCGAGCCGAGCCGGCCUCAUCUUCAAUUACUCGAGACCGGUCUAAGGAAGACGAGGCUUUGUUUGACUUACCAGAUCUUUUCACUGAUGGCAACAAUGGCCUUUGUUCUUAUUCUUCUGCUUCUUCUUCUUCCUCUUCUUCUUGGAAUUUUUGUGCAGUUGAUAGUGGUUUCAGGCUUGAGGAGCCAUUUCUUUGGGAAAACUAUUAGAAACUACUUGUCUUGUGUGUGAAAAAAUAAAUAAUAAAAAAAAAGACUCUUUUGUCUUAAA